ACCGCAGCAGGAGGAUCCACCACAGUCCACCUCGCGCGCUCUCCAUGUUGAAACGGAGCAACUUCUGCGGUUCUCCUCAAGCCAGCUGCCUCCCCACCGCUCCCUGCUAUGACACCGAACUGGGAAGGAAUCAGCAACACUGUAUGAGCGCUGCCCUCGACAUAAGAAAACGGUGAGACAGACUGAUCCAACAGAGAGACCUCUUCAUGCUGUAUCUCCUGUGGUUCAGGUGAAAGGAUAAGCAAACUGUCAGGAUGAAGGAGGAGAAUUUAUUCCAUCGAAGGCUAUCUCUUUGCCCUAGUGCCACCUCCCCACCAAAAAUUGAUCCUCGCACACUUACUCGGAACCUGUCUUAUGGAGGAGGCAACGAGAUCUACAACCUCAGUCCAGGCAGUGAGACAGACAGGAACGCUCUCUCCAUGCUGAGUAAUGAGUUUAGUCCUGCCCAGUCACCAGACAGCAAGUCUGAGUCCAGGAUGUUUAAUGGUGUUGAGAAGGACUGCCCCUCCCCCACCGAGAAACUGGCUCGAAAGGAGUCUCUCAAGGUUCAAAAGCAGAAUUAUCGGCAGGAAAAGAAACGGGCAGCUAAAGAACUCUCCAGUGCACUUGAGGACCCCAGUGUUGUCAUCAUGUCCAACUGGCUCAAGAUCCGUGGUUACUUAAAAGGUUGGACCAAGCUGUGGUGCGCCCUGAAACCUGGUGUACUUUUAAUCUAUAAGACUCCUAAAACAGAUCACUGGGUGGGCACCAUUCUUCUCAACGCAUGCAAGCUUAUUGAGAGACCCUCUAAGAAGGAUGGCUUCUGCUUCAAGCUCUUCCACCCACUGGAGAAAUCCAUCUGGGCUGUAAAGGGUCCCAAAGGAGAAAAUGUUGGUUCCAUCACACAGCCUUUACCCAGCAACUACCUGAUCUUCAGAGCAGCGUCAGAGUCUGAUGGCCGUUGCUGGAUGGAUGCCCUGGAGCUGGCUCUGAGCUGUUCCAGUCUGUACAAGCUGACUGCCAAAGCUGGGAAAGAGGGCGAUAUCAGCAUCUCUCCAGAGUCCCGACACAUACUCCACCUGCUGCAGUCCUCCCCACUCACUGAUGCAGAGCUUCAACAGUUGCAUGAGGCAUCCCUGCUUGGCGAUCCCCACAUGGAGCAUGACGCCUUCUCUGACAAAUCAGAGCGAGAAACUCACGACGACUGGGACACAACAGCCAAUGACAAUGGUGGAAGGCUGACCGAGGAGAGCGACAUAGAGCAGUUAGACGAGAUGCCCCCCGCACCACAAGCCACUGCCUAUGUGGAGCAGAGCGCAGAGGAGAUGGCUGAGGCUGGUGAAGCUUCUCAGGUCGAGACCGUAUCAGACGAGAACAAGGGUCUGAUCUGGGGUCUGCUGAAGCAGCUGCGACCGGGCAUGGACUUGUCAAAAGUGGUUCUGCCAACGUUCAUCCUGGAGCCCCGCUCCUUCCUAGACAAGCUGUCUGACUACUACUACCAUGCAGAUCUGCUCUCACAGGCUUCACUAGAAGAGAGCGCUUAUGGUCGGAUUAAGCAGGUGCUAAGAUGGUACCUGUCUGGCUUCUACAAGAAGCCAAAAGGGCUGAAAAAGCCAUACAACCCAAUCCUGGGGGAGACAUUUCGCUGCUGCUGGCUUCAUCCUCAGACUGACAGCUGCACCUUUUACAUAUCUGAGCAGGUGUCCCAUCAUCCACCCAUCUCUGCGUUUUAUGUCUGCAAUAGAAAAGAUGGAUUUUGUAUCAGUGGGAGCAUCUUGGCCAAGUCUAAGUUCUAUGGUAACUCUCUGUCAGCUAUUUUGGACGGCAAAGCCAGGUUGUUGUUCCUGAGCAGGGAUGAGGAGUAUGUCAUCACCAUGCCCUACGCUCACUGCAAAGGCAUCUUGUAUGGCACCAUGACGUUGGAAAUGGGAGGGAAAAUUACUAUUGAAUGUGAGAAAACUAAAUGUUUUGCUGAGCUGGAGUUCAAACUGAAGCCUUUCCUCGGAGGCUCCGGUUCUGUAAACCAGGUCAGCGGGAAGAUCUUUGUGGAAGAGGAGCUCAUGGCCACUGUAGAUGGACACUGGGACAGCGAGGUGUUUAUUCAGGAGAAGCGCUCAAGCCUGCAAGACACGUUAUGGAACCCAACUCCAGACAUUCGCAGCAGGCGGCUCAAGCGACAAGUGGUCCAGUUAGAGCAGCAGGGGGAGUUCGAGUCAGAACGACUGUGGCAGCAGGUGACACAUGCCAUCAUGGAGCGGGACCAAGUGCAGGCGACCCAGGAGAAGUUUGUGCUGGAGGAGGCUCAGAGGCGAGAGGCCAAAGAGAGGGGAGACAAACCCUGGAUCCCUCAGCUUUUCCAGCUGGACCCCAUCACCUCAGAGUGGACCUAUAGGCACAUGGACACUCGGCCGUGGGACCCUGAGGUUUGUCUUGUUCAGUUUGAGAAGGACAGAGUGAUUCAGACACACGAGAAGAGCUCGAGACAACCCAACGGGAUCUCCUACAGCCACAGCUGGACCCGUCAGCACAAGGCCAAAGUGAACGGGAAGCACCGGAAAGCGAGCAGCCAGCCGUCCACCUGCAGCCAGAACACCGAGAGCAGCAGCUCGACACCUGAACCCACACACGAGUCCUCAGACAAUGAAGGUUUUUCCAACCAGUGUGCUCGCUGCAAUAAAGAGAAGAAGGACUUUGCACUGAUAGAGGCCUCCAUCACAUCUAUACAGAAGACACAGCGAGAUAUUCAAAAGAACCUGGUGACUCUGAGUCGUCAGCUGUCUCAUCAGAGGGAAACGGACGACGGCGUGUCAUUAACGGGCCGUCACUGCCUCAUCCUCUGCGUCCUACUCCUCUCCCAGCUCUUCCUCAACUACGUCUUCACCUGAGCCAGAUCCUCUGGGGGAAGUUUCCCCUCCAGCACCGAUCUGCACACUCUACUGAGCAAAAAGGGACCGAGGUGUCAGAUCAGCGUUAGGAGGGUCUCUUUGUCCCUUUGUUUCUUGUACAAGCGGAGGAGCAGGGGCUUUAAAGCAAUAAAACAGCCACAGCCUUCCUGUCUGUCAUCUGCAGAGAGGAGCAGCUCCUCCUAGUGUAGCGAGACUAAAACAGCACUGGCACCCACGCACUUUGAACAGGAGAGGGAAACAAACAGCACGAGUAAUAGGAGUCAAAACACACGAUGGAGAAUGAUUAGAGCUUAAAAAAAGAGCAGAGGAUAUUUCACCAUUCCUUAGUGUCUUUUUUAAUUUUUCCCUGCAACACUGUUCACCUGUGAGCGUGCCUGUACGUGUGUUGUUUGUAUUUACAGUAGGCCCUAUGGGCACAAAGAUCACGGCUCCGACUUCUUCCUCUUCCACUCCAGAUUCUGGGCCUUAACGCUGAAGCCAAAAACAACUCCUAUAUCAGAUACAGACAUGAAGAAACAGUGCAAUUGUUGAGUUUCGUCACUCGAAUGUUCACUCGAAUAACACUCUGUCUCGUCUUUUUAAAAAUGAUUUUACCAAAAACAGUAUUUAUAAUCUGAAAGGACAACGAGUAUUUGUUUACAGGAGAAACUUUGACACAUUGAGAGAAAAUAAUGAAUGAGGCGGGGCAGAGAGCCAAAUAGUGUCUUUGUAUUUGUGCCUGUACUGCUGUAUGUGAGGGGAUAAUAAGUACUGAUUCAGACCGGGAACAGUUUCUACAAUCACACAAAGAAGGAACAUAAAACAAAUGGAAGUUUAUAAAAAGAACUAUAUGUGAGCCUAAAUGAAGAGAGAUUUGUCAGCAUCUUGGUGGACGCCACGUUCAAGUGACUGUCUAAGAUGUAAACACUUAGUUAAAAAAAAAAAAAAAAAAAUUCCUUUUAAUCAGUUUGUAUAUAUUUGUU